AUGCGCGCGGUGAUUGCUGAAUUGAAGGCAAACAUAUCAAACAAGUUUGUACCCGAUGCCAUUCAUGAGGUUGCGUACCUUUUGCAUCUGCUUUCCAAGGUGAUGGCAGCCGACCAGGAUGGCGUACGUGCAGCAACACUGGCUCACAUGGGGAAUAUGACUGCGGCAUUUCCCAAUCUGCUGCACCAAGAGACGGAGACCGGGCUGGAUGAGGCGGCCAUGGAAGGUGUGCGACUGCCAUCUUUCAUAACGUUUGCGCCACCGACAAGCACGGGUGAGGGUGCGGCAGAUCGACCCACCGCCGAAUCCACGCAAGACAUGCUAUUUGGGAGAGAAGCUGUCCACCAAAGAAAUCUUGGAAAGCUGCAGUUUCCGAACAAUGAAGACGAGGAUGCUUACGUGUAA